AUGGUGACAAACAACAACGAACGUAGGCAUUACACUAUGAAUGCGUGGACCUUUCUAUUCAUAUUUGCCUGUUUUGUGUGUUUUCAUGUAAAUUGUAAAGAGAAAAAGGGUCAUGUUGUUGACAUCUCCUAUGAAUCUGUUACCGAGUUACAGCAUUUAUUGCUACAAAACUACAGCAAAGAUUUUCGUCCCAUACAUAAUCAAGGAAAACAAGUAGUGAUAUAUGUUUUCUGGGAACUACACAGCAUCAAUGCCUUCAAUGAGGUCACAGGAGAGUUCGUGACAAGCUCCACAUUUACAACUGCGUGGGUCAAUGAAAUGAUGAAAUGGGAUCAAUCUUUAUACAAUACAUCUUACAUCAUUCUUAACAGUGCAAAUAUAUGGAUUCCGGUACUUGCUUUCGAUAACCCGACUGGAAGUACUGAUAUCAGGAAGGAAUACGAACACGGAACCAUUCGUUGUACUCCUAAAGGCAACCAUUUCUUUGCGGUAGCGAUAAGGACGAGCACAAUUUGUCAACCUGACAUGCGUUUAUAUCCGUUUGAUCGCCAUAAUUGCACCAUAAUAAUUUAUACACCUGAUUAUCUAAUUCAUGAGAUUGCCUUAAUACCACUCAUUCUGACCGAUGUUUCUAAAUUAAUAGUGGUUUCCCAAUGGGAGGCUACUAAUUUCUACAGCUAUAAUGACGAUACAACAGAUUACAGUCGGCUGGUAUUCGGAAUUGAGUUCAAAAGAAAACCGGAAUUUGUUAUCUUUAAUCUACUGGCACCAGUUGUCCUCCUGUGCUUGCUCAAUAUAACAGUAUUCCUUCUACCCCCACAGUCCGGGGAGAGAGUGUCCUUCUCCGUCACCAUGUUUCUCUCGUUUUCUGUCUACAUGACGUUGAUAUCAGAGAAACUCCCUGUCACAAAUCCAGUGUCGAUCUUCACCCAGUACCUUAUCUGUAAUGUCAUAUACAGUGCACUUAUUCUCUUCUUCACUACAAUUGGACUUAGAUUCCAUUUGGCGGAAGACGAAAAUGAGAGAAUUUCCGGUUGUCUUUCGCGAUUAAUCAAAGUUGUAUCUCUCAAUCUUUUCCUCUGUGGAAGACGAAGGAGACAAAAAGAAGAUGACCACCAGGUGGCACUCGACAACAAAUCCGCUAAUACUGUAAGUAAUACCGACUCGCUUCCUCCCGUGUUACCCGAGAAUCACAGAGAUUUGAAUAAAGACAAAAACGUUGGAGAUAUUCUUGUAAAAGACUUCGGCAGACUGAUUGACAAAUUUUGUUUAGUGUUCUUUCUAAUGAUGAUUGUAGCAGGGAAUUUAACGUUUGUGUUAUAUAUCGCACUAUCUUGA